CCCACCUGUGCCCAGCAUGCACCCACCUGUGCCCAGCAGAUCACCCACCUGUGCCCAGCAGUGCACCCACCUGUGCCCAGCAGUGCACCCACCUGUGCCACUCUGCAGUGUCACACACCUGUGCCCAGAAGUGCCACCUACCUGUGCCCAGCAGUGCCACCCACCUGUGCCCACCCACCUGUGCCCACCUAUGCCACCCACCUGUGCCCACCCACCAGUGCUGCCCACCAGUGCACCCACCAGUGCAGCCCAGCAGUGCUGCCAGUCAGUGCCACCAGUCAGUGCCCAGCGGUUGUGCCAGUCAGUGCCGCCAGUCAGUGCCCAGCAGUGAUGCCAGUCAGUGCCAUCUAUCAGUACCCAUCAUCAGUGUCACCUAUCAGUG